AUGGACGGCACAUCCUUCUCUUGGCUUGGCCCCUCUGCCCCUUGGUCUGUGGCCUCUAUCGUUUCCUCCUCCUGGAUCUUGGCAGGCUGUGCCAAAGGACCAACCCUGCAAAUCAAAUACGGACGCUACCCGUUCUGCCCUGAAGGCCCGUCCGGAUAUUGCUGA